GCCGAGCACCGCCAAUCAUAACACACACUAUCCACAUUUAUCUCUUUUUAAAAUGUUUUCAACAUUGCAUGCUACGACAAGACAUUUAUGAGACAACGCCCGGAUUUUUUUUGGUUUUUUCCCCCAUCAUUUUUUUUUCAUUUAUUCUAUUUUUUAUUUUAUUUUAAAACCCUUUAUUUAUAAUAUGCAACAUUUAAAUACAACCAACAAAUAAUAAUAAUCACAACAAGUACAGAAAUAGUACAAGACAACACCCGGACAUAUAUCUAACGAUACCGUAGAAAAUGCUUAUAGUUUCGUCAAUCUUUCUUCAUAUUCAUUUUCUAAUGUCACUUUUAUUCACAUCCUCCCGUCCUUUUGAGUUCUAAUGAAAAGUAACAGCAAUAUAUGUCGGUGCUUUAAUGGACAUGUUGCUAAGCAACGGCACACUGUUAGCUAGAUCUAGCCCUCAUAUGUUUCCUCCCCGGCAGGGAACGCCGUUUUAUACUUUUUUGUAAAUAUUCAAGAAUGUGGAGAAAUGUCCGACGGAAUGAAGCUGGCGGACAUGUUGACACAAAUGCCGACGGCUGGAAAACGAUAUCCUGUUGGGGACAGAGCAGAGGCUUGCUUACGAGAAGUGGAAAGGCCUCUAACCCCACCUAUGGUGAAGAAGUACCACGACAGUAACCGACCCAUGCCUGGCGUGAUCCGAGUGCACCACGGGAAGGCCAAUGAUCCCAAAAUUGCAGACACAAUCGUCCACGGCAAGAGUAUCAAGUCUUCCUUGACGGCGGCAGAUUCCCUCAACCCCCCUGUGUGCAGCAGGUUCCAGCAUAAUCUUCAAGGCUUCAGUGAGGCCAUCUACGCAUCCCAAAGGAAGACGCCGCUGGCACGUGUGCCCGACCAACGCCUUGGACUUCCCAGCUGGUACAACAACGAAACCACUUUUGGACAUAGAAAUGUGAGAGAGGUGGACGUCCGGGAUGUUAUUCAUCCUCCUAAAACGGCAGAGGAGUUGAACAAUGAGAUUCAGGGGUCACACGAGGCUUACGUCCGGAGUCACAACAGCUAUUUUGUCGGCGAGCGAAUAAACCGGAAAUACGACACGGAUCACUACAAUAAAGAAAGAUGCUUUGGCAAGCCGACACCUCAUUGCAACGAGGGACGCAGGGUUGGCCGAAGUUUACGAUGGCUGGACGAGCCCACCGGGUUCUACAAUCCAGAGCCUGACUCAACUGGCUGCUUUGGAAAGUCACAAAGGAAAGGGGGCGGCUUGAAGGUGUCACCACACCACAGUUUCGGAAUGGUCAAACCUGAGGACGAAUUUGGCCUCGGAGAAUUGAUCCACUGCAUGGACCCGGACGAGAGCGUUCGACCAGUAGAGCGUCACCGUAGUUUAUCUGGCGCGUUGCGACACCGCCUCAAGAUUAUUAACUUCCAGAACUUUUCUUCUAUCGUGGAGGCCUUCAGGUACUAUGACAAGAAAGGCAACGGGCAGGUCGACAAGGAGGACCUUAAAGAAGUGUGCCGUCACUUCAAGCUGGGGGUGAGAGAUUCGGUCCUGUGCGAACUGCUCCAAUACUGCGACACGUACAAAAACGGGUUUAUUGACUUCCUGGAGUUUGCCAACUACCUCACCUGGAAGGACAAGAUGCCUCUUAACAAAAAGGACCAGACACUGGUUGUGAAUGCCCUGUAUCCGACCAGCUUAGAUGGCGAUCCUGCAUCAGUAUUGACUCGGCCCCCUUCUUCCCAUGCUUUGUUAAAACCUGAAGACCUGGAACUCUUCAAGCGGGGCAGCUCAAACAAGAAUGUGAGGACGAUCAGACGACCCGAUGCGACGCCGAAUCACUACGUUACCUCCGCCUCGUUCAUCGGGGCAGGCAGAGGGGGGCUGCAGUCAUCAAAGACUCGCACGUAUGGGCUCCCGUCGGUCCGCACUGACGUUUCGAUCACACGCAACAGGAGAAUCAGCAACCUUAUUAAUUACGGCGAUAUGACCACAGCGGCAGAUCUGCUGGUGCCAUCAGUGUACUGCAGCAAUGGCGUCUACCAUGACCACUUCUUCAGUCCAUGCUCCAAGAAAGAGAUUGCGGAGGUCUACAGGAAUUUGGGCGAGGAUAUUUCUGAGGAGACGUUUGAAGAGGCCUGGAAGCUGGCGUCCACCAGGCAUCCCUAUGGGAGCGUCAGUGUGGACUCUUUCCGUGCGGCCCUCAAGGAGAUACAAGCUUUGUAACCAGAAUAUUUGUGUUUUUUACUGCUCUGUCAGAAAACCUUUAAAGGGGAACAUUAUCACCAGACCUAUGUAAGCGUCAAUAUAUACCUUGAUGUUGCAGAAAAAAGACCAUAUAUUUUUUUAACCGAUUUCCGAACUCUAAAUGGGUGAAUUUUGGCGAAUUAAACGCCUUUCUAUUAUUCGCUCUCGGAGCGAUGACGUCACAACGUGACGUUACAUCGGGAAGCAAUCCGCCAUUUUCUCAAACACCGAGUCAAAUCAGCUCUGUUAUUUUCCGUUUUUUCGACUGUUUUCCGUACCUUGGAGACAUCAUGCCUCGUCGGUGUGUUGUCGGAGGGUGUAACAACACGAACAGGGACGGAUUCAAGUUGCACCAGUGGCCCAAAGAUGCGAAAGUGGCAAGAAAUUGGACGUUUGUUCCGCACACUUUACUGACGAAAGCUAUGCUACGACAGAGAUGGCAAGAAUGUGUGGAUAUCCUGUGACACUCAAAGCAGAUGCAUUUCCAACGAUAAAGUCAAAGAAAUCUGCCGCCAGACCCCCAUUGAAUCUGCCGGAGUGUGUGAGCAAUUCAGGGACAAAGGACCUCGGUAGCACGGCAAGCAAUGGCGGCAGUUUGUUCCCGCAGAUGAGCGAGCUAAACCCCCUGGAUGUCUUGGCUCACACCGUCCCUUAUGCCACCGAAGAUGAUCAAGAGAAGAAUAUCGACCCUAGCUUC